AUGGCAGACGAAGAUGAGUACCGUUGUUUUGUUGGUGGCCUUGCAUGGUCAACAUCGGAUAGAAAGUUAAAGGAUACAUUUGAAAAAUUUGGCAAGCUUACGGAGGCAAAGGUGGUUGUUGACAAGUUCUCUGGACGUUCUCGUGGUUUUGGAUUUGUCACAUUUGAUGAAAAGAAAGCAAUGGAGGAUGCUAUUGAUUCUAUGAAUGGGAUAGAUUUAGAUGGCCGAACUAUUACGGUCGACAAAGCUCAACCUCAACAAGGAUCAGCUAGAGAUGAUGGUGAUCGCUACCGAGAACGUGGUCGUGACCGUGGUGAUCGUGACCGUGACCGAGGUGGUCGAGGAUCCAGUGAUGGAGGAUGCUUUAAUUGUGGUAAACCUGGCCAUUUUGCUAGGGAGUGCCCUAGUGAAGGGGGAAGAGGAGGGAGGUAUGGUGGUGGUAGAGAAAGUAGAUACGGUGGAAGCGGUGGUGGUGGUCACUAUGGUCCUGAUAGAAACGGAGAUCGUUAUUCUGGAGGUCGUAGCAGGGACGCUGGUAGUCGUGGAGAUUCUGGAAAUGAUCGUUACUCCCGUGAUCGUGAACGUGAUCGUGCUGGACCAUAUGAACGACGUGGAUCUGGAGGCUUUCGUUGA